AUGGGUGAAAACGCAGUUAACGGCGAGCGGGCUCAGUCCCAGUUCUUGGAGCACUUGACCUCCUACCCCGUCGUCUCAGACUCGAUCGUCUACUACAAGGGCAACAAAUACGGCGCCAAGUCAUUGGAGUUUGCCGACCAUGGCUACGUUAUUGCCAAACCCUACCUGGCUUACCUUUCAAAGCCCUACGGAUACGUUGCGCCAUAUGUCACUCGCGCAGACUCUCUGGGUGACAAGGGAUUGCAGAAGGUCGAUGCGACCUUCCCUAUCAUCAAAGAGGAUACCAAAACGCUCAAGAACACAAUCUAUGACACCGCGUAUUUCCCACUGCGAGUUGUUGGCGAUGCGAAGAGCCAUGUGUUCAGUACCUACGGGGACGAGUAUAAGAAGUGUGGGGGUGAUGGAAUCAUCGCAAGCGGCAAGGCCAUUAUCACUACCAGCCUUGUUCUUUCCCAGGAGUCGCUGGGUUUUAUCAGCUCCCUGCUGCAGAAGAAGAAGGCCCAGGUCAAAGACAUGGUGAACGAGCAAACGCAGGAAUAA